UAGUCGUUUACGCUUAGCCAGCGGAAGCGAACGUCGCAAUCGGAAUCGGAGUCGCAGUCAGAAUCGGAAUCGAAAUUGGAUUCGAAUGAAACCGUGUUGUGUGUGCUGUGUGUGUUAUGUGUGUGCUAUGUUUGUUUGUCGUCAAGUGUUGUGUUGCUCGUCAGCAUCAUCUUUGUUUUUGUGCAUUGUCGAUGUGCUUAGACGUAGGUGCAGCUGCUGAAUAGCUGGUUUCAAGAGCCUACACAUUCAUUUCGCAAUACAUUAAUAAUCAUUUAUUAAAAUCCACAAAGUGUAAAGUGAUAAGUUGAAAUACAAAAGUGGUAAACGAAUGUAAAAUCAGGCAUUCUUAAAAGCUUAAACACAAAGCGUUGACUAAUUAACAUUUUGGAAUCAACGAUUAAAGUUGAAAGAGGGAAACCUGUUGCAGACAGAGCUGAAGUUAUAGCUGAAAGCGGAUAUACUUAAGAAAUAGAGCAGUUCUCAAAGAUGCAGAUGUAAGUAGGUGACAAGGACUCAUGGCCAUGCAGGAUAUACGACUACGUCUCGAGCCGCAACACAAUACAGCAGCGUUCUCCAACUUGCCACCAGUAAUAGCAACAGCAACAAAAACAACAACAACAACUCUCAUCUCAUCGACUUCGGAGACCGCGGAGACAACGCUCAUUGAAACUGGCGAUACGACUGGCUCGCUGAAGGACUCGCCCAGGAGCCGGUCCUUUGCACAACUGCUGCCCGAGCUAAGCUUCAGCGCACCAACAACAACAGCAGCACAGCAGCAGCAACUACAGAAUUAUUACCAUCAUCAUCAUCAUCCGCAUCCGCAUUCGCAUUCGCAUCCGCAUUUGCAUCCGGCUCAACGUCGAGCAUCGCCCCGACAUCAGGUGGAGCAGCUGCAGCUGGUGCACAGCCAUCACGUCCAGCACAGCCACGAUGGGAACGAGGAGCAGGAACAACAGCAAUUGCCACGCUCUCCCAGCUCCGAGGAGGACAAUUCCCCAACUGAAAUGAAUAAUUGUCGUCGUCUGGUUGAUAAGCCACCGCUGGUGAAACGCCUCACCAUGGGCAUUGGCCUGUUGCAACGUGGCAACGAGGAUAGCCGCCCCUUGGUGCACAACACCAACUGUUCGUCCUCGUUGAACUCCGGCUCAUCGCAGACCAUAUCCGAUGGCUAUGUGAACGAAGCCAUCUGUGAGCCCGAUAAAUAUGUGGCCAGCAAAUUCGGUGACUCCUGUCGACAAUCUCUGACGGCUCUCGAAACGGCCAAUCAUCGUCUGCAAUCAGAACUGCCCAACAACAAGAAAUAUCUAAGGGAAACCUGCAGCGCCAACUCCAGUCCGAAGCUGUUUGCGGCGAAUUCAUCACUGCGAUUGGACAAUCUCAGUUUAGCGGAGCAGCAGGAGCUGAAGGGCGCCGCGUGGUAUCAGGCGGGCAUACCACGUGAGAUCUCACUGGAGGUGCUCUCACGCCAGAGUCCGGGCGCGUUCCUGGUGCGUCAGAGCAGCACCAAACCGGGCUGCUUUGCAUUAUCCUUGCGUGUGCCGCCCCCCUCGCCACGAGUCGCCCACUACUUGAUCCUGCGCACCCCGAGGGGAUACAAGAUUAAGGGCUUCACAAAGGAGUUCAGUUCGCUGCGAGCACUGAUAACGCAUCAUUCCGUUAUGCCAGAGUUGCUACCCGUACCGUUAACUCUCCCACGGCCCGCUCACAUGCGAGCACAGGCACAGCAGCAGUAUGGAAACGGGGGCGGAGGGGGCGGAGCUGGCGGGGCUGGUGACUUUGAGAUGUAUGGAUCAUUGAAUGACUUUCGCAAAAUGAUGGCCGAUUUGAAUGUGUGACCAGAUGGGCAAAAGGCCACAGCUACACAAAUCCAAGCAAACACACACAUAUAUAUGUAUAGGUGUAUGUGUAACUAAUUAAGUAAUUAUGUCACGUUGAUUGAAUUAAGCUGGACAGGAGGAAGGGACGAAGGGACCGCCUCUGUCAGUCUGUCUGUCUGGGCGGGAUAACAAUCUGUUUAAUUUGCUUAAUUGGAUGUGCGAGCUGUGUACGAGUAACGGUUAACACUACGCAAUGCAAAAAAAGUGCUGUAACAUUUUUUAUGAAAACUCAUAAUGAAAGCUAAGUAGAGUGUUGGCCGAGGGGGGCUUAUGCAACAGGGAGGGGAGAGUCAUUUAUCCAGGCACAAAUAAAUAUAAAACAAACCCGCUCAAAACAUUUUUUAUGUCACCAAUU